GUUCAAGUUCAAAUUCCGCUUCUUCAGGUUCAGGUAGUGGUUGGUGGGGGAAAUGGGGUUUGGGUAGUUUUAGUAUUCCAUCACCAGUCGCAGCCGUUACUGCGGCUGCUUCUUCUAUAAAGAAUAGUGUACUUUAUGCUGGUGAAAAAGUGUGGGAUUUUGGGUCAAAUAUUAUUGAUAAAGUUCACACAGGAGUUGCGACUGCGGUUUCCCCAUUUACAUGGACGGCCACACUUCCUUCGGUCGCCAUUAGGACUGCUUCCAGUGUAGUAACCCCCGUUAUAAAGGUAGUUGAUGAUAUUGUAGGAAGUGAUGCACAACCUGUUCCUCCUCCUCAACCAGUCGAACCGGCUGCAUCGCCCGAACCAGCUCCCCCUACCCCCACCACGAACCCUACAAAACCUUGGGAUCGGCUUAUCCCUUUUGUUGCGUUGGCUCCUGCUACAGUUGCUAUUUCUAUUUUUUCCUACUUAAUCUGGAAGUAUUUUGCUCAACUGCGUAAGAUAAGACUCUACAGAAGAGCUCCUUUAAGAAUUCCCGGUCCAUCCGUACAGGAACAACUCCUUGAUCAUGUGGAAGAAGCUGGUCCACAUGAAUAUCGAUUGGUUAAAGAACGAAAACCUCCAUCUGUUCCAGCGAGAACAAAACGUUCUGGUCGCGAUCCUGCUGGUGGUGGUCGCGUGAAUCGCCGCACCAUUAUUAAAAUUCAUUUUGAACUGGUGGACGAAUGUCAAAAAGGGAACACAAAAUUGACUCAGAAUGAUUUUCUGGAACUUUUAGUUCGAGAGUUUAUGGGAAGCGAAUUUAUGGAAGAAGAACAGGUUUCUAAGGAAGAGGUUCUUAUGGAAGGGGUUCCUAUGGAAAGUGUUCCAAUGGAACGUGUUCCAAUUUUAGGUUCCGUGUUUAUGGUUUAA